GCGCCUGACUGUUCUUUCUUCCAAGAACAGUUGAGCACAAACUGUACGCCCGUGUGAAGCAUAAGACAGAUGAAGAAGUGGUCCAGCGUGGUUGCUCUCUCUACUUUGACUUGGAAUGAGGAAACUUUGGUAUUAAUGGUGAUAUCUGGAAAAAGAGGCCGGAGGGGAAGAAUUAGACCUCGACGUCCGCUCAUAGUAGCGAGCCCUAGUGAUGAAGCUCCAGUUCAGGUGCCUCCAACAACGAGCCUAAGGGAUUAUGUCAAUCCCAUAUUUAAUGCAUCAACUGGAGCAGUACCAGCAGUUUCUGAAGAAGUUCCAGAUUUGGUGCUUCAACCGAGUAGCCUAAGAGAUGAGGAGGAUACUUAUGUUGAUGCCUCACAGGAAGCACCACCAGCAGUGGGCAUAGAAGAGUCUCAACCUGCAGUUGAACAGCAGGAUGGAAAUGAGGGGGCCAACAGCACAGUUACAGUGCCACCCAUUAAAAAAAGAGGCAGAGGGCCUGCUAAGGGUACUAUGUUUGAGAGGUUACGAAAGAUGGGGAAGAUCCCAUUAAAUAUAAAGGAUGGGCAUAGAGGCCCAUCAUGCGAAAAUGCCACAAUAUUCACUAGUCGGGUGAGCUGGAUUAUAAGAGUACAUGCUGAUAUGAGACAUGCAAGUUGGAGUGUGAUAGAUGAGAAGGAGAAGCACGAGCUCAUCAAUCGUGUUAGAGUAGGGGUUCAUUAA